UGACAGGGCGGGUGGAUUAUGUUCUCUCUUUGUGUUGUGGAUCCUCUCAACAAACUGUUGUUUCUCAUUCUGCAGAAUUUUAUAAAAUAAUUAGAUUCUGAUUUAAAUUAAUUCAAAAUGAACAAUUUAUUCUCCAUGUUUAACAACAAAAAGAAGAAUAAGGGCGAGAAUUCAUCAAAAGAUACUGUAGCCACGAUAAAUCCGAAUCAGGAGAAUUUGUUGUUUACCGUGGGGGUUAAAAGGUCGCCUGCUGUAGCAGUUGUGCAGCCAGUAGUGGUUAGACCUCCCCUUGCAAUGACCGCGGCUGAGCAAAAAAGGGAGGCAGCAAGGAUUCGUACACAAAAGAGUCGCCACAACAAAAAGAAAGUCGCCAUCCCCUUCGUGCCAACCCCAAAACGGGAAAAGAUGUCCGCUGAACAAAGGAGGAUCAAUCAACUAAACGUUGCAAGGACAUGGAAGAAGAAUAAUAAGGAGAAACACAGAAUGGGUUCGAAAAACUGGCAACAAAAUAAUAGGGGAAGAGAUCAGCAGAAUCGUAAACGAUGGAGACAAAAAAAUAAGGAAAGACAUUCCAUACAGAUCAAGAGCUGGAAACAGAACAAUCAAGAUAGGAUCAAGAUGAAACAAAAGAAUUGGUAUCAAUCGAACAAAAACCGACUUAAGUCAAUGAGAGCUCUUCUGGACAAUAAACCUGUAUACCAUUCUAACAGAGCACGACGAAUCUGCAGAUUAAAUAAGAACGGAAUGACGGACUGGCUCAAACUCCACCCACAUUCCAAAUUCAGCCGUCAAGGAAUAAACUUUGAACGUUAUUUGGCAACUCUUUCACUCAACUCCCUUAUAUACAAAUAUCCCCAGUGCGUCAAGGAGUCCUUCCUCCAGAACAAAAACUUUCUCAUCUAUCUCAUCUCAUUGUUUAAUUGGCCAGGAAUGGAGACGAUGAGCCUGCAGGCAGUGGAGGAAAGGGUGAAGAAGGAACUCUUGAAUAAAAAUACUGACCUCCUCCUUCUUUAUUAUGUUGGCCUCUACGCCAAAAACGGCAAGAAAAAGUUGUCCAACCCUUAUCAUCCUCGGAACUGCAGUUCAUCCGUGAACAAGAGGUUGGUCAAAGGGUACCGCGCAUUCGAGAACGGCUUCAUUUCCUGCAACGUUGGCGAUUUGUGGACCGCUACCGGUGACAAGUUGAGGGAAAUGGUGGCCGAGUCGGACGCCCUGAUGAGGAGGGUGGAAGGGUACUUGAUUCAUUUCGGUUUGGCCAAGAAUGUCGUCCUCCGUCACCUUGCCGAAUACACGGAGAUGCCCCAAAUUAUGAUCAACAAGAGACGAGAACCAGUCACCACCACCGAUAAGAAAGAAGGGGAAAGUUUGGCUGCAGCCAAUGUUAAUUUGUUUAGUAACGGAUUUGCUGCUGGGUUCGUCAAAUCAGGGGGUUUUGUGGAAUUAGAACGGAAUUUUGUAUUGUUGAGAGAAAUUGUGUUGCCUGAAGGCCAGUAGUUUACUUGUGUGAAUUUAUUUAAUGAGUGACCUGUGAUAUGAAUGAAUUUGAUACCCGUUUUUAUAUGAAUUAAUUAUUAUUGUUGAGAUAGGAUGAUUAAAGAAGAAUCAUCGCGAAACUAAAUAUUUUA